UGGGGGGGGAGCAUGAUGCGGUACAAGGAUCAGCCGGAAAAGUAUAAAAAAAUAGUCAACUGUUCGACUAGUACACAUUAUUAACAAACAAACAAACAGACAGAUAGAGAAAUAAAUAGAUAAAUAAAUGUAUAUCUGCGCUGUUGGACAUGGGUGUGUCCCCUACAGCAUCAGUGGAAGGUGCGGUGUAGCUGACCACGCGCGCGCUGUGUGUUAGACAGUAUUAUUAUUAUUAUUAUUAUUAUUACUACUGCUGCUACAGACCGGUUUGUUUAUUUGUUUAUUUGUUUAUUUUCUUCUCGGUAAACACCAGUCGUUGACGAGCGCGAGAUGCCGUGUAACCCGAGCCGGAUGAGAGCGCGAGAGCGCGGGGACGUGCUGGGGCGCGCGGAGUUCCUCUCCCUGCAUCAGCCGCAUCAGCAGCAGCAUCAGCAGCGUAAUGGCGGCGCGGCGCGGAGCGCGAGCUGCACCAAACCCCACCAGCACCACGAGCACGCGCCGCAGCCGCCCGGUGACGGAGGGAAGGAGCGCGCGGAGGCGCCGCGGUGGCCGGAAGAGGACUGCAUGCGGCUGAACCCGUCCCUCAGGGGCAUCGCGGUCAGCUCGCUCCUGGCCAUCGACAUCCACCUGUCCAAGCGCCUCGGCGUGUGCGCGCGCGCGUCCUCCCCGUGGGGCAGCGCGCGCUCCGUCGUCACCCUGCUCGCGCUCACCGGACACGGGCUCACGUGGAUCGGCGGCACGCUGGUGUGUCUGACCCGCAGCAGCACCGAGGCCGGACAGGAAGUGCUGAUCAACCUGCUGCUGGCGCUCGUGCUCGACAUCCUGACGGUGGCCGGAGUGCAGAAGCUGGUGAAGCGCAGAGGACCGUGGGAAAUGAGCCCAGGCUUCCUGGACUGCAUGGCCAUGGACGUGUACUCGUUCCCGGCGGCUCACGCCAGCAGGGCGGCGAUGGUGUCCCGGUUCCUGCUGUCCCACCUGGUCCUGGCCGUGCCGCUGCGGGUUCUGCUGGUCCUGUGGGCCGUUCUGGUCGGACUCUCCCGGGUUCUGCUCGGACAGCACCACGUGACCGACAUGGCGUGCGGCUUCGCGCUCGGCUCGCUCCAUUUCAGCCUGGUGGAGACGGUGUGGCUGCCGUCCAGCGCCUGCCAGACGCUGCUGUCUAUAGGGAAGCUCAGCUGGAGCCCGUUUCGCUAACACACACACACACACACACACACACGUUAGCAUUAGCUUUUAAUCUCCACUGAGCUUUUUUUUGUUUAGGAUCAAUCUUUUAUUGAUUAGCGGUGCGCUAAACUCAAAACAUGAUCAUAGUCCUGCUUGGUGUUUCAGGUUUUUGGUGAACCUCGACGUCCAUUUUCAAAGAGAAUGACGUUACAUGUGACAUACAGUACUGUGCAAAAGUCUUGGCACCCCCCCCCCCCCUUUUUUUUAUUUUUUAGUACAAACUUUGUUAUAGAUGUUUAUUUUCUGACUUCUACAUUAUUGAUUCAGUACAAAAACAUUUUAGAUUCUAAACAUUAGUUUUCCAGCACAAAAUGAAAUGUUACAGAAAAAUGUUUGUAUGUCAGUAAAGAAAGCAGCAGAUUCCAUAAGAGACACUUUUCAGAUAAAAACAUAAUGAAGGCUGCUGGGUUUCACUGCAGAAAUAAGAAGCGAGUCGACAGUCAAAGUCUCCAGAAGAACUGUGGCUGCUUCUGCAAGAUGCUCAGUAACACUUCCAGCUCAUUUCCUUAUAAAACUGCACACACUGCACCUCAGAUACUGCUUUAUUUAUUUAAACCGAAGGAUCGUCACAUUAAAUACUGACUUUAUUUCAUUUAUUACUGUUUACUGCUCUUUAUAGGAUUUUUUUAAUGUAGAAACAUUUAAUUUCAUUAUUUUUGAAGGCAUCUUUGCUCUACAGCAUUUCUUUGCAUGUGUCUAAGACUUUUGCACAGAACUGUAAUGCCAUCUUAUAAUCAAACGCACUCGUUUUUGGUGUCUGAUUUUUGCGUCUUUAGUUUUUGAGGCUAAUAGAGACUCUUUUUUAAAUGUUUGUAAAACCUGGUUGCAAAAAAGUCUUGUAGCCGAGCAACCUGAGCAACAUGAUGCUGAUGCUGAAGCAACUUUAGUUAUAAUCUGACUGAAGAAUUGAUCAAGAAUUUUAUUUAGGAAUUGGGUUAACGUUAGCUAAAACGUGAUCCACUCAUUAUUACGUAUUAGCUGUAAAAGAUAACGAGUGCUACUCGGCUAAGCUAAUACUUUCAAGUACUCUAGAAAUUUUAUGAUGACAACAUCAAGGACGUCGUCAUGGCAUCGAAAGCCGAGGCGCUGCACAAACAGACGCUGUAAACUCAAUCGUUAGCCGAAGAAAACGUUAUCUAGCUAAAUGUGUCCGUUAUAGGCAACUCCUCAGUAAGAACAUGACCUAGCCUUGGGUCUAGCGUUAGCUAGCUAGUUCCAUGAUGUAGGAUUUAAGCUACGUAAAUUUGCUAAAGCAAUAUAAACAGGCAUGUUCGCUAACUAGCACGCUAAGCCUGUUAAAGUCUCGCUUAGUUCACUGAUAUGACAGUUAGCUACUUAGCUGAGAUGAAACGAGCGCUGCAAAUUUAUAAAUUUUGCCUCCUGUAACCAAAACCGUCUUCUGUCGCCUUGGAAACGUGUCCGACUCGAUAGUAGUCGGUAGAAACGAUCGUGUUUAAGAACACUUUUACAAAUUAUGCUUCAGAGUCAGCGUUUAGGGAGCACAAAAUGGCCGCCUCCAUAAAUAACAUACCAGUGCUAGGCUACACGGUGAAGUUCAAUAGUGUCCUAAACCACAUCAGUGUGUGUGUGUGUGUGUGUGUGUGUGUGUGUCUGUGUGUGUGUGUGUGUGUGUGUGUUUGGUCAAUCACUUUAUUAGCCUCAGGAACUAAAGAAACAAACAUCAGACGUUCUUUUUUUUCCUCUUAUUCCUUCACUUCAGCCGAAUUCAGCUAGGCCCCGCCCACUAAUUUCCACCAUGAUGUUUUUUUGUGCUAAUUUGCAUAAUAUGCAAAACUUACUUUUGUGACAAGCCUUAAGAUUAUUGGCCAAUCUUAACAAAAUUUACAUCAUACUACUCAAAACAGUGUGAAGCUUAAUAAUGACAAUUAUCAAAAAAAACGUGUUGAGAUUUGUAAACAAUAUGGCCGCCACACGUCAAUCAAUUCUAAGGAGGCGGAGCCUAAUUGACUGUAACUGUAACGAUUGUGUCCAUGGAUUCGCACGGAAAUUAAAAGCCAUAUACAGGACAAGUUCAUGACACGGUCAUGUGGAAAGUUUGGGGCGUGGUUAUAAAUAGGGGGCGGAGCUUAAUUCAGAUAACUGGUGUUGAGGAAGCAGAAGUCGGAUCGAGCCGAAAUUUGGUUCGCUGCUUCUGUAUGCUGAUCUGUAAGUGAAUUUUUGAUGAUGAUGUAAUUACUUAAAAAACAUGGCUGCUGUCGGCCAAUCAGAUUUCAGCGGGCAUUUGUCCGUGUUAACGCUGAGCUUUCGUCACAAAAUUUGAUUAUUUUCAUCUACAAUCUGUUUAAUUUUUUUUAUAAAAUAGCAAGAACUGAGCACUUAGGGUUGCUAAUUUAUUAUUAUUAUUAUUAUUAUUAUUAUUACAUUUUAUUUCUUUUUAAUGUGCUGUUUAUUUUAUCCUGUGUUUUUUGCAGUGUCUGAAUGUGCAUGAGGAACUUUAUGUAUUAUUGUGCAUGUUACUUUUAUUAUUUUUUUAAUUAUUUAUUGUAAUUAAUUUACAUAAAAAUAUACUGUAAAAUGCUGUCCCUGUUAUCCAGUGAGGUUGUUUAUGGCGGGUGAUUAAAUUCUUUUUGUUUAAAAAAAAAAGUUGUAUUAUUUUGGAAAAAUAUGUGCACAGGGUUUUUAUUAUUGUUAUUUUUAUUAUUAUUUAUUUAAUUAUUUAAUUUGUGUUAAUU